UUCACUCUUUUUCUCAACACAUAAGAACUGAACAAGCAAAAAUCCUUUGUGUUCAUUACACUCAAAAAACCAUCUUGAGUUCUUGAGUUUUUUCUCUUUUAUUUAAGAGGAAAAACAAAAGAACAAAAAAGAAAAAAAAAAAACCACCCCCUUUGUUUAAUUUGUCUACAUUUUUCAAGAAUGGCAAUUGAUGAGUGCAAAGAUAUUGAAAAUGGGCUUGAGAAUUUGGAACAACCUUUUCUUGAAAAUGCUAAAAUUCUUGAUUCUGAUGAUGAAGAAUUAAUUAGUAAGGAAAAUGGAUCCAUUGGAAUGGUUUUGUUAAGCACUUGUGUUGCAGUUUGUGGUUCUUUUGAAUUUGGAUCAUGUGUGGGAUACUCAGCACCUACACAAUCUGAAAUUAGGAAUGACUUGAAUUUAACACUUGCUCAGUACUCCAUUUUUGGUUCCAUCAUCACAAUUGGUGCCAUGAUUGGAGCUAUCACAAGCGGCAGAAUUGCAGAUUUCAUUGGUAGAAAAGGGGCCAUGAGAAUGUCAGCUAUUUUCUGUAUCACAGGAUGGCUUGCUGUCUAUUUUUCCAUGGGAACUUUGACACUUGAUGUGGGAAGAUUCCUCACAGGAUUUGGCAUUGGAAUAUUCUCUUAUGUGGUACCUGUGUUUAUUGCUGAAAUAGCUCCAAAGGAUCUCCGUGGAGGAUUGACAACAAUUAAUCAACUUAUGAUUGUUUGUGGUGCAUCAGUUGCAUAUUUACUAGGAACAGUUAUAUCAUGGAGAAAUCUUGCUUUAACUGGAAUUCUACCAUGCACUUUCUUGUUAGCAGGUCUAUUCUUUAUUCCAGAAUCUCCAAGAUGGCUGGCCAAAGUAGGUCUUGAGAAAGAAUUUGAAGUGGCAUUAAGAAAACUUCGCGGUAAAGAUGCGGAUAUCUCUCUUGAAGCUGCUGAAAUCCAGGCUUAUGUUGAUACUCUUCAAACCCUCCCUAAAGCUAGAAUCUUUGACUUAUUCGGUAGCAAAUACAUUCGAUCUGUGAUCAUUGGUAUUGGAUUGAUGGUAUUCCAACAGUUUAUAGGAAUAAAUGGUAUUGGUUUCUAUGCUAGCCAGACUUUUGAGUCAGCAGGACUUAAAAAUAGCAAUAUUGGGACUAUUGCCUAUGCCAUAGUUCAGGUCCCUAUUACUGUAGUUGGGGCAUUUUUGAUGGAUAGAUCAGGAAGAAGGCCACUUCUUAUGGUGUCAGCAACAGGGACAUUUAUUGGUUGUUUUAUGACUGGAGCUUCUUUCUAUCUAAAGGGAAAUGGCAUCUUACUUGAAUGGGUUCCAAUUCUAGCUGUAUCUGGUGUCCUGGUGUAUAUAUCCGCGUUUUCAAUUGGAAUGGGAGCAGUUCCGUGGGUUAUUAUGUCAGAGAUUUUUCCGAUUCAUGUAAAAAGUGCUGCUGGAAGUCUGGUAGUGUUAGUGAACUGGUUGGGCGCGUGGGCGGUUUCCUUCACUUUCAGUUUCCUCAUGGCCUGGAGUGCCACUGGUACAUUUAUGCUAUAUGCUGGGUUCUGUGUACUCACUAUACAAUUUGUAGCAAAGGUAGUGCCAGAAACAAAGGGGAAAACAUUGGAGGAAAUUCAGGCCAUCAUUAAUUCUUGAACGUGGGAAACAAGAAUAUGAAAGUACGUAGAUGCACAUACUCAUGACUGGAAAUUUUACAAUGUAGUUUAGUCAACUAGAUGAGCGGAUGGCAUGCAUAAAUCGAGAAAUGGUUCAAAUUUUUUGACGAUGGAAAAAUGGAACCUUCCCUCUCAGAACCAAAUUGGAUCCGCCAAGAAGAGGGGAAUUCAACAGUGUAGAUUUUAUUCUAGGUUUUGUAGCAAAUGAAUUGUUUUGAUCUGUUGUUGUAUUGUAUCCAAAAAAAAAAAAAAUGUUGUUCAAUGAAAGAUGAAUUUAAAAGCUGCAUUCAGAAGAAAAACAAAACCAUUUCUUGA